CACCACUAAAAUAUUGUUUUCCUGACAGGGGAAAUAAGCGUUUUAGCUUAGUUCAACAACAACGGGGUUAAAUUUAAUGUUUUACAGUCUAAAUUACUUUUAAUUUUGUUGUAGGUUAACCUACACAAUAUUUCGAAACAUAUUGCUGUUUUGAAAGCCGUAUUGACACUCUGCAAUUAAUUAAUGGAUCCAGCCAGAAACAAUCUACCUCUGCAGUUCAACACCAACAAGAACAAGCCUGUGAUCCGGACUAAUUCAGAAGGGAAAGAUGAUGAUGUGACUUCAAGCACAAGCCAUAAUAUGAUGGGUCCUACUGACCACUCGAAUGACCAGCAUCAGAAUAACAUGAUGGGUAUGUUUAACAUGCUCGGACAGAUGGUUGCACCUAUGACUACAGAUCCUAAUAUGAUGAUGAUGGGUGCAAUGAAUUUCCCUGAUUUUGGAGGACUCAUGGGUGCUGGGCCUGCACAAAUGAUGGGAGCAAUGGGACCUAUGGGAGGACCAGGAAUGAUGGGUCCUGCACCUGGACUCUUAGGCCCUCCAAUGGGUGUUAAAGAGAUUAUCCAUUUGAAGUCAUCCGUUCUCUAUCCACCUCCUCCAGGUGCACCACCCCGCAGUACACGCGAAAGACCUCCUGGUUGCAGAACCAUUUUCAUUGGUGGCAUCCCAGAGAAUUGCACAGAAGAUUUGUUGUAUGAGGUAUUUGAAAACUGUGGACCCAUUCAGAGCAUUCGGAUUAGUAAGAAGAACUUUGCACACAUCCGCUUCAUGAAUAUGGAAUCUGUAGAUAGGGCCUUGUACAUAUCAGGAUACCGCAUGAAGAUCAAUGACUCUGAUGAAAAAGAAGACACAGGGAGGAUACACGUUGAUUACGCUCAGGCCAGAGAUGACCAGUUUGAGUUUGAGUGCCACCAGAGGGCGCUGGCCAGAGAGAUGAGACACCUGCAGAGAUUAGAGGAAGAGAGGCUCCGCCCACCCAGCCCUCCCCCUGUCACUUACUAUUCUGAUCAUGAAGCAUCACUUCUUUUGGAGAAAUUAAAAAUGGAUGAUAAUUUUUCCAACGCUUCACAAGUACUUAUAACCUGGUUAGAAAGGGGUGAAUGCAACAGAAGAACCUCAACCAACUUCUACUCCAUGGUACAGAAUGUCAACAGCCACAUCCGCCGCUUGAUUAAUGAGAAGUCAACAGUACAAGAAGAAUAUGAACGCUACAAGCUACAAUACCAGCAGCGCCUACAAGGCAUCAGAGCACAAAUGUGUCAGGUAGAACGUGUACUGGCUGCUGCUCACAAACAAAAGUGCUGGGAUCAUUUCACCAAGGCGCAACGAAAGAAUAUUGACACCUGGCAACACCAGGCCCAGGAGCUGCGGGAGACUGAAGAAAGCUUGAUGCCCAAACUAGAAGAUGGUGCUGAAGACAUGGACUUCUCUGAUGAAGAAGAGACAGGCCCAGCCACCAAAAAAAGAAAAACUGGAGCCCACAACAUUAGUGACAGCCCAGAAAGUCAGAAACUGAAGGAAGAAAAUGACGCACUGAAGUGCCAGAUGGAAGCUUUUAAAAACGAGGUGGACAUGGUCAGACAGGAGUGGAAGACUGAAGUGGAAGACAAAGACAAGCAAAUUAAGGCGCUGCAGAAUGCUUUACAAGGAAUGCAACAGCAACUUAUAGCUCAGAGGGCAGCAGUAGCUAAGCUGGAAAUGGAGAGAGAAGAAAAGGCUGAUGAUCCUGAAAAAGAAACUGAUGAAAGCAGUAAAAAGAGUGAAGAUAAGGAUGAAGAGAGCAGCUCAUCUAAGUCUACCAAAGAAGAUGUAUCAGUAAGCAGCACUGGCCUUUCACUGACUGACAAAGAAGCUAAAAUGAUUGGUCUAAUUUGUUGUUUCCUGCAUGUCCAUCCUAACGGCGCAACAGUUGACUAUCUGUGGUCGUAUUUACGCCAACUUCUGAAUGUGAGAACCCGAGAAGUUGAAGACUUGCUGGAAAAGAUGCCCUCCAUCUUUGAACAGGAAAUUAUUGGAGUUGGAGCAGGCAUUGAAAGGAGAUGGAUUUUCACAGCCCUUAAAAAAGGCCCUUCUUUAACAAAUUCUUAAAACAAUACAGUUGUAUGUUGGAUUUGCUUAUUUAUUCUGUCUUUAAAAUGAUGACAGACAAUAUUUUAAAAUGCAUUGUUUGUAGCUUUACCAUAAAGCUACAAGACAAGUUAAUUAAUACAGAACUUAAAUAAUGUUAUUCCGACUUUAUAAAAAUGGGGUACAAAGCAUAUGAUUGGUAUAAAGCAUAUGUAGAGUUGCAGUUUGAAUACAUGAUAAACAAAUAUUUUUUAAAAAUUAUGUAAUUAUAUUUCACUAAGUAUUUUGUUUUAGAAUUAGGUGAAAAAGUUUAAGGAAUUUUAAAAUUUCAAUAAAUAAGCUCACGAAAUAACUUCUUGACAUUGUCAACAGUAACAACUGUUGUCUCAUCUAUUGGUACAGAGAUGUCCUUUAUUGCUCUUGCAACUUUUUACCUCCUAGUUUUCAUUAGGGACUAAAUAAAAAAUAAUUGACAUGAUCCUGAAAAGAACUGAUUAAAUAGACUUUCACCCUUGCUGUUAACAAUUUUAAUUCUGGAGGGAAAGUGAUAUAUUAACACUACAGUAGUUAUGCUUGCAAACUUUGCAGACCUGACUGCUUGGACUGCUGGUAAUCGGAUGCUCUGAGAGUUGCACAUUUUGUCUGAAUGAAUGUUUUUAUUUCAAUUUCUUUGUUUUAAAUGUUUUACCCAUCAAAGUGUUUUUUUUAGGUCAAACUUUAUUUGGAUGGUGUAGUAAAAUACUUGAACUCUUCAGUAUUUUAAGCACAAGACAAUUUAUAAACAUGUUAAUUAUGUUUUUUAAGAUUAGAGGAUUAAUUAAUGCUAAUCGUUAAUUAAUAAAACCACAAGAUUUUAUUUCUGUUCAUUGCCCUGGGGGUAAAUUUUAUUUUUGCAGCUCCUUGACAUUAUUUGUGUACAUAUUUAAACAUUGCAAAGAGUUUUGAUCUUUAUGUGCUUAUGUUUAAAAAACUUUGAUUAUGUCAAUGAUUUUGUUUUUUAAAAAAAAGAUCUUUUUUUCUUCUUGAGUUUUUUGUUUGUUUUACUAUUUGAAGAGUGUAUUAACUUGCAAAAUGCUCAAGUUAUUAAAUGUAUAUAAACAAU